AGUCCUUCUAUAUAUAAGACCUUUCGACCCAACAAACUCAUCUGAAAUACUAACGCAAGGUUUCUUCCUUUACUAAUCCAAUCCACCACCGACCAUGGCGUGGAUCAGAGGCCGCACUCUCGGCUGUGGCUCUUCCGCCACCGUCUCCCUGGCUAUGCAACGCCAGUCUGGUGAGGCUUUUGCUGUGAAAUCUGUGGAGUUCUCGAGAUCGGGAUUCUUACAAAGAGAGCAGAGCAUCCUUUCUCGGAUUAAGUGUUCACAAAUAGUUGGGUAUCUUGGCUGCGAUGUCACAAAUGAGGAUGGUCAGCUCGUCUACAAUCUCUUCAUGGAGUAUGUCUCCGGUGGCACUCUCACUGACUCAAUUCGAGACCAAGGUGGUCGCCUUGAUGAGUCUGCGAUCCGGUCUCACACUCGAGUGAUUCUGCAGGGGUUGGAUUACCUUCACUCUCGUGGGCUCGUGCAUUGUGACAUUAAGGGUCGGAAUGUCUUGGUUGGGCAAAAUGGAACCAAAAUUGCCGACUUGGGUUGCGCGAGGUGGGUUACGGAGCAGCCUCCAGCGAUGGCGAUUGCAGGGACCCCUGUUUUCAUGGCACCUGAAGUUGCCCGAGGUGAGGAACAGAGCUUCCCUGCCGACGUCUGGGCUCUUGGUUGUACCAUAAUUGAAAUGGCCACAGGACGUCCUCCAUGGCCGGAUGUUGCAGACCCGGUCUCUGCACUUCAUCGGAUCGCAUUCUCCUCCGAUAUGCCGGAUUUCCCAAAUUUCCUGUCAGAGGAAGCAAAAGACUUUCUGGACAAAUGCCUCAGGAGAGACCCAAAUGAGCGAUGGACGGUUCAGGAGCUUCUUAAGCACCCAUUUCUCGAAGUGGGUUCCGGUGGACAAUUGAAUUUGAAGCGAAUUCAGAGCUCUACCUCAGCAACUUCUCCGAUCAGCAUACUCGAUCAUGGCUUCUGGGAAUCGGUGGAGGAAUCCGAGACAGAGGCAGAACCAGACAUACCAGUAGUUCAGAUUCCCAACCAAUUGGGAUUGGGUAAUUCUUCAAAUUCUCCGUCAGAAAGAAUCCGGCGACUGAUCGGAGACAUCCCAUCUUCUUCUUCUCCAACCCCAAGACUACCCAAUUGGACAUGGGACGAAGAUUGGGUCACAGUAAGAAGAAAUAACCACGCGGAACAAGUUGUUUCUAUGAGCCAUGAUCGAACCAUGACGCCCACAGAUGUACACGCGGAGACUAGCAGGUCCUCCGCGUAUACAGACUUGAUUAGUGACGAAGAAGAACUGGAGUUACUUGGAAGGAGGAGUUCCGUGAUUAAUGAACAACCCAUCCACUACUCUGUAAAUAGCAGUAAUUUCAUUAGUAGUAGCAGCCAAGGAAGCUUAUCUAUGGCAUGUAAAUUUGUUAAAAGCGAAAACAAAUUUUUAGUUUCUUCAAUUUCAAUUCUUUUAUGAACCAAACAAGUAUCAUAUUCUGAUAA